AACGUGAAAGAUUUAAGUGUUUUUUUUGCCGAAAUAUUCUUUACUCAAAUUUAAUUUUCAGUUAAUCAUAGUAAUGUGAAAUAGAAUAAAGGACCAUAGAUAACUAAAAGAAAAAAUGGACGAUUAAUAAGACAAUAAUCUACGGUCUAUCUUGUUCGUCUGAGCAAAUUCAGGUGUCCGUCUAUCUUGUUCACCGAUCCAUUUUACUAUUAUUCUCCUUGUCCACCCCCACCCGCCCAACCACUCCACAAGAAUGGCUGCGACAGCCACCACCUCCGGCGGCAGAAGGGGUGGCUCAGCCCUCCCCAAUUCAUGGCUACAAGCACCAAAGUCAUCACCUUUACAUCAACCCAGCUUCAUCUCCUCCAAAAUGAAGCCAAGAAUGAAACCCAUCUCAGCCGUUCAAUCUCCACCAUCAUCAACAACAAAAGCUGGUCAAAACCCAGAUGGAAAAUGGAGUCUUGAGAGCUGGAAAUCGAAGCCAGCUUUUCAGCUCCCUGAAUAUCCUGAUAAGUUAGAACUGGAAUCGGUUCUUGAAACCCUCUCGACUUAUCCACCAAUUGUAUUUGCUGGGGAAGCUAGGAAUCUUGAAGAGAAAUUGGGUGAAGCUGCUCUUGGUAAUGCUUUCUUGUUACAGGGUGGUGAUUGUGCUGAGAGCUUUAAGGAGUUUAGUGCUAAUAAUAUCAGGGACACUUUUAGAGUCAUCUUGCAGAUGGGGGUUGUCCUUAUGUUUGGUGGUCAAAUGCCUGUCAUCAAGGUGGGUAGAAUGGCAGGUCAAUUUGCAAAGCCAAGAUCUGAUCCAUUUGAAGAGAAGGAUGGCGUGAAGCUGCCAAGUUACAGGGGAGACAAUGUGAAUGGUGAUGCUUUUGAUGAGAAAUCCAGAAUUCCUGAUCCCCAGAGAAUGAUUAGGGCCUAUACUCAGUCUGUAGCUACAUUGAACCUCCUCAGGGCAUUUGCUACUGGAGGUUAUGCUGCCAUGCAGAGGGUUAACCAGUGGAAUCUCGACUUUACUGAUCACAGUGAGCAAGGUGACAGGUACCGCGAACUGGCUCACCGAGUUGAUGAAGCCAUGGGCUUCAUGGCUGCUGCUGGGCUUACAGUUGACCACCCAAUCAUGACUACAACAGACUUCUGGACAUCACAUGAGUGCCUUCUCUUGCCUUAUGAACAAGCACUUACUAGAGAGGAUUCAACUUCUGGCCUUUAUUAUGACUGUUCUGCUCAUAUGAUUUGGGUUGGGGAACGAACAAGGCAAUUGGAUGGCGCUCACGUUGAGUUUCUGAGAGGAAUUGCCAAUCCACUUGGAAUCAAGGUGAGUCACAAAAUGGAUCCAGAUGACCUAGUCAAGCUUAUUGACAUUCUUAACCCUCAAAAUAGACCAGGAAGGAUUACAGUGAUUGCCAGGAUGGGAGCUGAUAACAUGAGAGUAAAGCUUCCCCAUCUGAUCAGGGCUGUUCGUGGAGCUGGUCAAAUCGUCACUUGGGUGAGUGAUCCUAUGCACGGAAAUACCACUAAAGCCCCCUGUGGACUCAAAACACGCUCAUUUGACUCUAUCCGGAAUGAGUUAAGAGCAUUCUUUGAUGUACACGAUCAAGAAGGUAGCUAUCCUGGUGGUGUUCAUCUGGAGAUGACAGGUCAGAAUGUGACUGAAUGCGUGGGAGGCUCUCGGACAAUUACUUACAAUGAUCUGAGCUCGCGCUACCAUACACAUUGUGAUCCAAGACUCAACGCUUCUCAAGCACUUGAACUUGCUUUUAUCAUCGCUGAGCGCCUCAGGAAAAGAAGAUUGACACCUAAGUUUGGGUUCUAGAAAACCAUCUUACUACCCUUUCCCUUGUUUUCGCAGGCAAGAUCCAAUGUUAUAUUAUAGUAGUAAUAUGUUUUAGUGUCUUGUGUGAACAUCCAGUUGUGUGUAGACUGUUACUCUGUUAGCAUAUAGUUAUAUGUUACAAGUUUGUAUACAUAACAUCUGUGAGGUACAUUGGUCCUAUGUACUAAAGUGAACUGGCUCUGUGUGGUUUGAUUAAGGGGUCGCCUUUUCUUUUCUUUUUC